CAAUUUCCGGAAAUCCCCAGAGGACCGAGAAAAACGUGACGCGACGACAACAAACACGGCGGCGGAAGCAGAGAGCAGCGAGGACGGUCUUCUCCGAACCUCGAGAAUUAUUUUUAUUACGAAACGUAUAUUUAAGACAUCGACAAGAGUUCCAAAAAGGAAUCGCUGAUCUAUCUCUAAAAUACUGAGUAAAAAUGGGUCGAGGUCGGAGCAGAUCGCGAGACAGAUCUCCCGGGAGGUCACGGAGCAGACAAGCGCAAGAGAAGAAGACUGAGAAGAAGAAACGCAGAAAGUCUUCGUCGUCCUCCUCUUCCUCCUCUUCCAGCUCCAACAGUACUAGUCCAAUCCCCCAGAAAAAGAACGCACGCACUUCGAGCAAGAGCCAAGACAGGAAACAGGAGAAGCGCAAGCAGGCCAGCGCCAAGGCUGCCAAACAUCAGAGGAGCUCCUCUUCCUCCUCCUCCUCUUCCUCCAGCUCUUCGUCGUCAUCGUCCAGCGACGAGGAGGCCAAGAAAAGAAGAAAGCAUCGUAAGGCCAAGAAGCGGCUGAAGAAGCUGAAGGCCAAGGAGAAGAAGAAGGAAAAGAAAAGGGAAAAGAAGGAGAGGAAGAAGCUGAAGAAGUUGAAGAAGAUGGCGGCGGAGAAGGCGGCGGAGAAGCCGGAACUGCUGACGGCCCCCGGGGGCCCCCCCGCCGCGGUCUCCGUGGCAACGCUAGCUCCAGGUGUUCUGGAGACAUGGAUGAGUGAGGAGGCAGCGGAGCAAGGACCAGCAAUGACGGAUGAGCAGAAGGCCCGCCUCUCCACCAAACGUCCAAUCACGAAGGAGGAGUACGAAGCCAGACAGAGCGUCAUCCGCAGGAUCCUGGACCCAGAGACGGGACGCACGCGGGUGGUGCGAGGAGAUGGAGAGAUCCUGGAAGAGAUCAUCACCAAGGAAAAGCACAAGGAUAUCAAUAAGCAAGCCACUAAGGGUGAUGGGAAUGCCUUUGCCAAGAGGAUGGGCAUCAACAGGUAGAGCGGGCCCUCUACCACGACCUGUGCCCGCCUCCAUCUGAUGCAGCCUCCUCUGGGCUGGACUGAGGGAGAGCACACCUGGCAGGGCCCUGAAACGGAUCCCUGUGGGACGCCGCCGCGCCCAUCCAAGCGCCUCCAUUCAAGCGACCACCACCACCACCACCAUCAUCAUCCUCCUGCUGCUGCUGCUGCUGCUGCCCUCAUCCAGCUAAAUCUCACUGCCGUGCUCAACACAGGAGUGAAACUUCUGUAUCGUAGUUAAAAUAAGACGAAAGUCCUCAAGAUGGAGUCCUCAUCAUCAUCAACUUGAAAUAGUCAAUUAGUACAGCUGUUUUGUCUGAUAAAUAAUUAAAGGUAGUCCAAGAAUCUUACAGCCUUAACUGUUGCUGAAUCUUUUUUCCAUUAGAACUCUGUGCCCUAAAGCAGCCUCUUCAUGAUGUAAAGGAGGAGCUUUCAGGUGAGGUGAAAUUGUGCUCACGUGAGCUUUCUGUGCCGAACCUCUUGUUUCCAGUUGAGCUCAGUCACGGGGGAGAUACUGGAAUUAUUUGACUUCAGCACCAGAGCAGAACACUCGGGGGAACUGAUUAGCAUGCAGUGCAUGAUGGGUGGUGUAGUUUGAAAGGGUACCUGUUGUCAAGCCGAGACUUCUGAGAGGUUAGAGUUCAAGACACUGAUGAUGACCAGGGAGUCGUGUUUGGCUGAAGACAUUUUUUAAGAGUUAAGAACGCGUUAAGACUACGUUUAAAAGUUGAGAACAAAAAAUGCAUUAAAAUGAGCGAGAACAUCUGCAUGAAAUAAAUCCUGAUGAAAUGGG